AUGAUCAAGCGGGUGUCCAGUCGGCUUACUCUCCCUCUCAGCAGUGCUUUGGUCUUCAUUCUCGUCCUAGUAGUCAUCAUCAUAGCGACCAUAGUUCGCAAGACACUUCUCGCUAGGAGACAUCGUCAAGCAUUCAGAGCAGGACGAAACCCUGAACCCACACCUGGCUUUUCGGAAGUCGCAAGGGACGUCUCACGUGCAUGGCUCGGUGGUCCGCGAUCAGUACCUGGUCCUUCGUACAGAUACGAUCCGCGUCGAUCGGGUGACAGUCACUAUCCAACCCAUCCGGCUGAACGUGCUGGUCCACCCGUCAUGAGACAGAGAGAUCCCGAAAUGGGAGAUCCGGACCUCCCUUCGUACUAUGACAACUCCACCUUUCCUCAUCCUCCUCCAGCUGUCUAUUCGUCACCUAUCCAAGCGCGCAGAGAUGGAAGAAGCACAACGUCGUUCGCUCCCCCAGUUCACGAUGGAGCUGAACCGCCAAAGUACGAUCUUGCAAUGAGAGAGUAA